GUUAGGACUAACGGGAGGAGUCCGUUAUGUCAUCGGUUGAAUGGACCUCACUGUCUGAUCUUAAAAAUGAUUGGUCGAUUUAUCAUGUACAGAAAUAUCAUUCAGAAUUGGAAUCUGGUGUAAUAUGAGUUGGUCUGGAGUUUUGGUCUUACGUUAUAACAUGCUUAGACACAUUACGUAGUUAAAAACAAUGGAUGAGACUAAAUGUAACAAAACAAAAAACGAUUUUGGGGGAUCUACUUCAAACACAGAAAGAGUGAAAAUAACAUUUCCCACAUGAUCAAUAUUUUACCCAUCCUGGCUCCUGGUCCAAAGUUAUUCUGUUUUAAAAAAAACACUCUGAGUCACUACAGUGAUAAAACCAGGACAUCCCUGCUAACAACGCCCCUGUAUUGUAGGCCACUGUAAAGUGAUGGUCUGAAUCUGACAGAUUUAAACAGACACAACAUAUCGGUUAUGUGACCAUAAAAUGAGGAACAGUACCUGAACAAUCUUCUUACUGCUUUCGGGAAGUGAGGCAGGAUUUAAUUAUAUUAACAAAACUAAAUUUAAUUCUGAUUUUCUUUUUUCAAUGCAUUUUCAAAGACAGAUUUUCAUCCAAAUUCCCGAGUACUUGAGGAGAUGGUCUGGUGCUUAUGAGACAUUUGGAGAAAUCUGUCUGUUAUUCUGGAUCAACAGAGAGGGAGAUGGAGAGCUGCGCUUCUUUUGUUUCUCUGUACCCUGGAGGGGGGCUCUCUCUUUGUCUGACUUUGUGUGUGUGAGUGUGUCUGGAUUCAUUAUUCCUGUCUCCAGAGCCGGAAUUCUUGGAUUAGAGAAAGAGAAGAGAGAGAGAGCAGCAGUGUGUUUGUGUGAGUGUGUACGAGAGAGUGUGUGUGCGUGUGUGUGUGUGUUGCCAUGGUGAUAUGUCUCUGCUCAGCAUGAGAAUGAAGCUUCUUUAACAGUUACCAUGACAAUCCUGUCAGCUUCGGAUUGGCCUAUAGAGAGGAGGUCAGAGUUCACUUAGAUGCCUCCUAUAAUGUAUGUGUGUAUCUUUGUGUGUUUUGUGUGUGUGUGUGUUGCGUGUCCGUGUGUGUGUUGUGUCCUUGUGUGUUUGUCUGCUGUAGGUAUCCAUGGAAGCUCUUAAGAAAUAGAGGUAGCCAUGUGGUUCCGUCUUGUGGAUGAAGACAGGGACGUCAGGGAUCCCGUCCAGUAUUUUUCCUCCGUAGAGGAAGUGGCUGGAGCCUUCCCAGACCGAGUCUUCACCAUGGAAACCAUCAGCUUCACUGUUAAGGUGGUUUCAGGGGAAUUUAGUGAAGACAGUGAGUCGUACAGCGUGACACUGCAUGCCGGAGAUGAGCUGUCACUCAUGGGGAAGGCGGAGCUUCUCACGGCCACGCCCACCAGGGAGAAGACUGGACUGAGUGCCCUUCUUAGGCGCCUGGGGAAAACCCCUCGCAGCAAAACUCCCUGUCUGGUCUGCAUGAACCACCGGUCCAAUCAGAGUGUCUCUCUGCCCUUCGCCUGCCGAGGGCGGUUCUGCACGCGCUCCCCGCUGGAGCAGGGAAUGCUGGGAGCUGACCACACAGUGCGCAGCAUCAUUGAGAGGGUCCGGCUGCCCGUUAACGUUACUGUGCCAACCCGACCGCCACAGAACCCCUACGACCGACAUGUGGUGAAAGAGGGGCAUCGCUACAAGCUGCUGAACAUCGUUAGUAAAACAGUGGUUCUGUGUCUCGUCCUGCGACCCACUCAGCUGGUCCCCUCUCACUUCCUGUUACUGCGCUGCAUGCCCCGCUUCUCUGUGGCCACGCCCUCGGCAACUAUGGACAGCCUGUUGCUACGGCAACACGCCAGCUUUGACCCUGAUGGCUAUAGCCGGGCCGUCCGAGAGACGCGUCCAGAACUCAGCGAAGAGAGUGUGUGUGUGCAGCGAGUGUGUGUGAGCGAGGAUGGAGUGUGCGAGAGCCCACGGAGAGUAGGUGUGUGUGUGUCGACACAGGAAUCCCAGAGGCUGUCUGUGUGUGUUUUUGCUGGGGGCGGAGUUACAGACAACUUCAGCCAAUCGCAGCGCUGUAGAGACUCUAUGGGGGAGGCUUCAGAGUAUGUCUCUCCCAAUUGGCCAGAACCUGAACUGCAGACCAAUGAGGAGAUCCCCUACGAGGAGCUGUGGAAUAAUCAGAGUGCGGAGGUCCUGGGAAAAGCAGAGCCAAACCUAAUCUCCUUUCAUUCCUCUCCGUCAGUGGAUGGAUCGCUGGGGACCGCCCACCUUGCCAUGAUGACACAGGUCUCAACUCCACCCCCUGUACCUCCAAAAUCAGACGCAGUGAGAGAAGAGUGUCGGUUCCUGAUUGCACCUCCAGUUCCUCCUCGAUGCUGUAAAGGAGACUCCUCCCCAUCCAGUCCUAGUCCCGCCCCCAGCCCACCGGUCCCGCCCCGUUUCCCCCGGACACAGCUCUCCUACUACUCUUCUGGAACAACAGAGAGUUGUACAAUCUCUCCUCCUGACUCGUCUGUCUACUGUUAUCCCUGUUCCUGGACUGACCCCUCUCACUCCAGCCAUGAGCCAAUUCUUACACUCCCGGCUGACAGCUCGGCCAAUCCUCAGCCAGCACAGGCCACCUGGGCAGAGCCUUGGAGCUAUAAGCCUUCCUCCCGGCUGAAGCCACCACCUCCUCAGAGUCGAUUUGCUCCUUUUGGAGCACUGAACCCCUUUAACCGCCUUAGUCCCUCUCUCUGCCCCUCCCCGGAGCCUGCACAAGCCAAUCAGACAGCAGAGUUCUCCAGAGGUGCCGAGGGAGGUGGGACUUGCGAGGAGUCAAUGCCACCUAGUGACCCUGCAUGGCGCCCACCCACUGACCUCUCCGCCCUCUCAUUGGAGGAGGUGUCUGCCAGUCUAAGGUUCAUAGGCCUAUCAGAGGCAGCAGUGGGGGUGUUCCAGAGAGAGCGCGUGGACGGGAGCCUCCUGGUGCAGCUCGACGAGGAGACCUUGUCUCAUGACUUCCACCUUAGCCGACUACAUGUCACCAAGAUCACACAGUUUAUACAGGGCUGGAGGCCUAAGAUAUAACGCACAAACACACUCUGUCCCUCACACACACACACACACACACACACUAGAUGCGCUCGUUUUGCAAAACCAUGGGAUGCUGAUCUACAGUAUGUUAGUGGCAUAGGUGUUGUUUGCCGUUGUAGUGAAGGGCUUAUUGUGCUACAGCACUUCCCAAUUCACUGGAGACUACAUUCACGAUAUAAAUGAUCUUUCCAUCUUUCAUCCAUCAGGCCCUCCAAAGGGCACUGACUCCCCCUAGGCCCACCCCCAGCUCGGCCUUCUUACAGCCUUCGUACAGUAACGUACUUUGAGGACCAGUGCUGCUGGUCGCUUUUUCUGAAUUACACCGCAUUUUUGUGAGCUACCACACACUGAUUCGAAACUAUGGGUUUGACUUUUUGUUUUCAUGGAAAUAUAUUCCCUAGAUGGUCGCUAGGUGGCAGUUCCCAUUCAAGUCAGGGCAGGCAGGCACUGAUAGUCCACCCAUUGAAUUUAACAGUCAAAUUGGAUAAAUUACAGUUCAAAAGACAAACCCUUCGAACAGAUGAUGUUGUAUGUCUGUAAUCACAAAGCAGCCUUUCAUACGAGCAGCCUUCCCUUCCCAGUUGUAGUUUGUAGAAAAACAAUUAAAAUAUAGCAUUAUGCACCUGCCUUAUUCAUCCUCGAGGUGAAUUUAAUCAUUUUUAAAAGGCACACAAACUAAUGUCUAUCUGAAACCCAACUGAAUGUCAUGGCUAACUGAAACCCAACAGAAUGUCAUCGGUAACUGAAACACAACAGAAUGUCAUGGCUAACAAACACAACAGAAUGUCAUCACCAACUGAAACACAACAGAAUGUCAUGGCUAACUGAAACACAACAGAAUGUCACGGCUAACUGAAACACAACAGAAUGUCAUGGCUAACUGAAACACAACAGAAUGUCACGGCUAACUGAAACA